AAUCCCAACCUUCAUUUGGCUCAUGGCAGCACUGGCACUGGGCGAUCAUCCUAGAACAGUGUUUUCCAAUCUGGGCCUCGAUCUUCGCCGAAGAGCUGCCAUUGGGAUCGAACUCCAAAGCCGCAGGGAGCGAUUAAAGCCCUCUUUUGCGAUCCGAGCGACAGCAUACAGAGUCUUGUUGAAAAUGCCCCUAGGUGAGAAGAUGAUCUCUUGCCCUGACGAUAAGAGCAUCCUGGACGCCGCCGAGGAUGCGAACUUGGAGCUCCCAUUCUUCUGCCGCGCAGGAUCUUGCCCUGCUUGCGCAGGAAAACUAGAGAUGGGCAGCGUGGAUCAGGGCGGAAAUGCGUUUAUGGGCUACGAGCACAUCGAUCAGGGCUUCGUGCUCACUUGCAUCGCCUACCCAACAAGCGAUUUGGUCGUCAUCACUCACGCCGAGGACGAAUUGGUCGCCUCUCUCCUCUAGCAGAGAAAGAACCCUAAAUGCAGGGGGUCGCGCGCUAAUUUUCAAAUUUUAAAAAUCUCAAAUUUGCUACACA